AGCGCGCCACCACCGCCGUCGUCGCUGACCUGCAAAGGAAGGGGAGGCCGCCGCCGGGAGGCAGAACCCACAACCCGUACCCUAACGAGCUCCAUCCAUGGCGGACACCCCCGCGCAACCCGCGCCGGCCGCCGCCGCCGCCGCGAACCCCCACAAGCGCAAGAACAAGGGGAAGGGCAACCCCAACAAGAAGAAUAAGAAGCUGAAGGGCCCCGACGACGCCACCCGCCGCCGCCGCAAGCCGAGCGCCAAGUUCCUCAAGCUGCUCGAGAAGCGCGCCCGCGACUACAACUCCGACGACGACGACGACGCCGCCCAACCCCGGCCACGGAAGUCACAGCCACGACCGCCGAAGCAGCGUGACGCGGCCCCCGAUGGUGACGGCGACGUCCAGGAGGCCCACUCGUCCGAGGAGGAGGGGGAGGCAUCCAGCUCCGGCGGGGAAUCCGACGGAGAGAGGGCGGUCACCAUGUUCCAGGAAGGCUGCAGGGCUUUCCAGGUCGCCUUCACCAAGAUCAUGGAGAAGAAGCUCGGCGACAACCCAUUGGGUCCAAUUCUGUCAGCGGACAAGAAAUUGGUCGCCGCCAAGUUGGCCGAGGAGGCGGACGAGCACAAGUCCAAGGGAGAGGCCCGCAAGGAGAAGCGCAUUGCUGCACAGAAGGGUCAUAAAAUACCUGAGAAUGCUAUUGACAACAAAGAAAAGAUGCUUAUCAAGGUUGCAACCCAAGGAGUUGUCAGGUUGUUCAAUGAGGUGAGCAAGAGACAGACUAGGAAAGGUUUGAAUCCAUCAAGAAGUAAAGACGUCAAAUCAGCUUUGGCAAAACACUCUGUACCAUCUAACGAAGGACAACAAGGGCAGGGAUCUUCCAAGUUCUCAAAGAAUAUUGGCAAAGGUGAAGAUGAGCCAGGGUGGGCCCCCCUACGUGACACUUACAUGCUUGGUUCGAAAUUGAAGGACUGGGAUAAAGCACAGGAUUCUGAUGUGGCUAAAUCGAGCGAGGCCCCUUUGGACAACUUUUCUGAUGAUGAAUAGGAAACAAAAUCUAUUCCCGUUUGCUGUAUGGAUGGCGAUUGAUGCUUUUGGAUGGCAUCCAAGAGCGCAAGAUUUUGGAGAGGGGAAGCGUGUCUGUGAUGUGGUUUUCUCUUACUAGGUUUCAUUGCAUACAUCCAAAAGCCCAAGAUUUCUACAUGCAAUCCUUGUAGUUUUAGUUUGUCUUCAUCCUUGUAUCACAACAAAAUUCUUGCAGAACUGUCGUCACAGCUUAAUGAGUAUAAUUAUUUUGCCCAGAAUUCUUUGUAGGCAUUAAGACAAACCUGAUAUUUUUGUGCUGCAAUGAUUUGUUGUUGAAAA